AUGAUCUUCCAAGUCUCGACUGACCUUCCACCAGCAGAAGACGAUCCUGUAAUUGGCUUCCAAAAGAAGGAUCUGAUCGGCCUCGACAUGCCACAUAAUGAUGCCCCUGUCAUCAGUAUUCAAAUCGCCCAGGCCAUGGUCGACCGAAUCCAUGCAGACGAGGGCAGCGCAACCAAUAUCCUGCAGCUGGCUGUCAUCCAGCAGAUGGGCUUGAAGGCAAAAAUCAACAAAUCAGCCAGAUCGCUGACCGGCUUUAAUGGUGCAACAACGGUUACUGUGGGCACGAUAGACCUCGGCGUCUACUCCUCGCCUGUAGUCUGCUUGCAAACAUUCAUGGUCAUUAAUGAGGUCUCACCUUACAACGGCAUUCUGGGUAGACCAUGGAUUGGCAAGAUCAAUACCAUCACCUCUGCAUAG